CAACACUGCAUUUGAAAGCCGCAUUACACUGUUGUAUUUGUAUCUCCAACUGUUUUGUUUAAAUGUCUGUCUACACUUCAAGGUGAUAAAGAAAAUAGAGUUUGCAAUUAACAGAAUAAAUUACAAUCGAAUUAACGAGAUAACUCAAAAGAUGACCGAAGCGAUUAAUAACACCAGAGAUCGUACCCUUAGUGGUAGUUCGGCUACGUCGGAUACUGACGUAGAUCCACAUUUUGAACCGAUUAUCACUCUUCCAGAAGUUAAGGUUGUACCUGACGAGGAAACUCAAGAUCUUCUGCUGAAAGUUAGGGCGAAAUUGUAUCGUUUUGAUUCAUCAAAUGAAGAAGGGCCCGAGUGGAAGGAGCGUGGGACCGGCGAGGUGAAGUUCUUGCAGCACAAACAGAAUAAUAGCGUGCGUAUCGUUAUGAGACGCGAUAAAACCUUCAAGGUUUGCGCCAAUCACUUUAUCACACCUUGGAUGGAACUGAAACCGAGCGCGGGCACCGACAAAGCUUUUGUCUACACCGUAGCCGCCGACUUUGCUGAUGAGGAAAUAAAGUCGGAAUGUCUCGCUAUCAAGUUUGCUAGCGUGGAACAUGCGAACCUGUUCAAAGAGAAGUUUGAGGAAUGUAUAAAUAUUGUAAAAACCAAGUGUGAUCUCUAUAUAAACGAUUUUAAGGAGAACAAUUUGAAUAAGUGCGCCGAGGAGGUCACAGAGAAAAUUAGUCAGUUAAACGUAUCUAAGGAAGAGAAUGAGAAAUAGUUUUGUUAUUUUUCUAUUCACACAUUCCCUUAUUUAUUAUGUUAAUGAAGCUAUUUUUCUAUUAUCAAUCUUGUAAUUUUAACAUUUAGAUAUUAAAAGUUAAUGUGCUACUAACAUUUUAUAGCUAAAAUAAAUGUAAGAUCAUAA